CACGACGCCUACGUAGCUUCGUUCGCAGCCGUUUAGUUCUUUCGGCGACACGCUGCGACCAACACGCAAGCUAAGAUCACCGGGCCAGGGACCGGAAACACAGUUCUCGAGGGAACUGUAGCGAAGUACCAUGAUGAAGGUGUCGAGAUUCGAGGCACGAGUAAAUCCCGAUACAUCCAUUCCUAUGGCAAACAUCAGCAAUGGAAACGGAUCCACGAUACAGAUCAACUCGCGGCCGGACGACAUACAGAACCGUGUGAUCGGCGCGGAAACCGUUGAACAAGAGCACACCAACAACUGCGGGCACAUCCUCGUGGCGUUAUCCUGGGUCGUCGUGGUCCUGACGAUGCCGUUUUCCUUGUUCAUCUGUUUCAAGGUGGUACAGGAAUACGAGAGGGCCGUGAUAUUUCGUCUAGGGCGGCUUCUGUCCGGUGGCGCCAAAGGACCCGGGAUCUUUUUUAUCCUGCCCUGCGUGGACAACUACGCUCGCGUCGAUCUGCGGACUCGCACGUACGAUGUACCUCCGCAAGAGGUGUUGACGAAGGACAGCGUGACGGUGUCCGUCGACGCGGUGGUGUAUUACCGCGUAAACAACGCGACCAUCUCGAUCGCGAACGUCGAGAACGCUCACCACAGCACCAGACUGCUGGCUCAGACCAUGCUUCGGAACACCAUGGGCACCCGGCCGCUUCACGAAAUCCUCAGCGAGCGCGAAACAAUCUCCGGGAACAUGCAGGUAUCGCUGGACGAGGCUACCGACACGUGGGGAAUCAAAGUCGAGCGAGUAGAAAUCAAAGACGUGAGGCUACCUAUCCAGUUGCAGAGAGCCAUGGCCGCGGAAGCUGAAGCAGCUCGCGAGGCUCGCGCGAAGGUGAUCGCUGCCGAAGGUGAACAGAAGGCCAGCCGCGCGUUGAGGGAGGCUUCCGAGGUGAUAGGAGAUUCUCCUGCCGCGUUGCAGCUACGUUACCUGCAGACUCUGAGCACCAUCUCCGCGGAGAAGAACUCAACGAUCGUGUUCCCGCUGCCUAUCGACCUGAUGACUUACUUCAUGAAAGCGUCCUCGACGAAGGAGUCCUAAUCGCGGAACAGGGUCCGUUCAAUCUAAUCGUUUCGCGUGAAACGGAAGAUCGCGAGAUGACCCUACGUCAUCGCAGUCUUUGUACGCUCAAAAGAAAUUAACUCUUCGUUUGUUUGUUUUUAUUAUGUACUGAAGCGACACGCACGAGUUAAGCAUCCUUCGAACGAUUUCGGAACUACGGCAACACUCGAUUCCAUUGAAUUGCUAUGUUGCGACACACGCUUUCAGACUACAAAGUCAGACACACUUUCUGAACGAAAUUGAUCGAUACCAUUUUUCUACGUGUUUCUAUUCGAAAACGCUCAAAAAAAAGAAACUUCUCGCACCGUGACCGUGCACUAUUCAACUAUCGACCAAUUUUAGAACACUAUAUACUUUUCUAAUUCUCUCACGUAUUUUUUUACAACUUGUUUAACUUCUAUUCACUUACGACCUGUAAUAUACAACGGCAAUCCGUACUAACGGAGAAUAGCUUGUAGUUAAAGAGGAUAAACGUUUAAUGGUCCGUUUCAACAUAGUGGAGAAACCUGAGAGAGAACUAUGAUAACUGUUGAUCUCACUGCAUAUUCUGGUAAACGAACGAUAGCGUUCCCGUUGCUGAUUAAUCAAAUACUCGAUGUUGAAUAUUAGAAAGUUCUUUCCUACUUGUUAACAACAAGGUGUUAAUAACGUUGUAAAACAAUGACGCAUCGAAUCUCGAGAUUGAAAGCUAUUCGAGAUCGGAAUUGAUCGUAUUACAAAUUUAUUUCCAUUGCGUUACGUAUGACAAUAAAAUAUUGUUCAUUCGGACUGUAAUUUUUACGAUGAAUCCGGGGCAGAAAGAAGAACCCGUUUGUAUCAAAUCUAGUCAACGGAUCGUCCAUUUACACGAUCGUAGCCUACAUUGUUCGAAUUGCGAGGAUGAAGGGUACUUGUUGGCACAAAACGUAAUCGUCUCGAGCGAUCGGUUGAAAUGUCCGACGAUCGUUGUCCCUGUUUUUCGAAGAGCUAUCAAACGGCCUGUAACAAGACUUGAUCUAGGUAUAGGCAGAAUAUUCGAUAAAUACGGGGCGUGCACCGUGAACAGGCACGCCCGUUGUUCAAUUAAGACGGCGAUACAAAAUGUUAACGAUGGAGUGUCGAACAACGUACAAAAAUCAUCAUUUUCUUAUUUUCACUCUCAUCAUCGUAAUCGGAUUGCGGAUCUGUAUUAAAUGUGUUAAAUGCGUUCAAUGGAAAACCAAAGGAAUCUCGAGGGCCGAGGAGAACUUGCAUUUUUAGCGACGAUGCGUUUUUAAAAAAGAAACAUUUCUAAGAUGUUGAGAAACGUGUUCAUUUCCACUCGUCGUGUGGGUGUGUGUGUGUGCGUGUGUAUGUGUGCGUCAAUUAUGAUAUUAUCCAAAUAAGCGAGGAAAGUAGAGUUCAUCUUAGAUAAUGGUAACCAAACGAACACGAUACAUGAACACUUCGGCGAUUAAAUCAUGUAGAUUGUAUAUGUACUUCUUAACACACUUUUACGUCCUUCUCUGUCCGAGAUAUUCAACUGAAACUCAGUAUCUCCUAAGGAUAAAACUUAAACCUACCUCUCUGUUAUAUGCUUCGGGUCUCUACUGGUGAUACUAUGUUAUGUUAAUAUAAUGUGACUUCUCGUUGAUCUGAUAACAUUCGCGGACUAUCGCGAUUAAAUAAAG